AUGUCCACCGCUGCCGAGAUCAACGAACAGAUCGCUGGUCUCCAGAGCCGUAUCAAGGAGCUCAAGGUCGCCAAACAAGAUGCUUCCAAGGAAGUUGACUCGAUGAAGAGCCUCAAGGAGCAGCUCAAGGCCGUGCAGAAGGAUCAGGGCCCUAGCACUACUCAGACCUUGCAGCUCAAGACCCCCAAGGGUACCAUUGACCACAAGCCUGAAGCUGCCUUGUUGCGCAAGAAGAUCUUCUCUACUCUCGAGGGUAUCUUCCUCAAGCACGACGCUAGUACCAUUGAUACUCCUGUCUUUGAGCUCAAGGAGAUCUUGGCUGGCAAGUACGGAGAGGACUCUAAAUUGAUCUACGACCUUGCCGACCAAGGCGGUGAGCUUUGCUCUUUGCGAUACGACUUGACCGUUCCCUUUGCCCGAUACGUUGCCAUGAACGGUCUCUCCUCCAUCCGUCGAUACCACAUCGGAAAAGUCUACCGCCGAGACCAACCGGUCAUGACCAAAGGUCGUAUGAGGGAGUUCUACCAGUGCGAUUUCGACAUUGCCGGGCCUUGUGACCCUAUGGUCUACGACUCUGAGGUCCUCCGUGUGUUGUGCGAGUCCCUAACUUCCCUCGACAUUGGCGAGUACACUGUCAAGAUCAACCACCGAAAGAUCCUUGAUGGUAUCUUCCAGCUCGCUGGUGUGCCUGCGGACAAGACCAGACCGAUCUCUUCGGCGGUUGACAAGCUUGACAAGCUUCCUUGGGCCGACGUCAAGAAGGAGAUGACUGUGGAGAAGGGUUUGGAUGAGAAGGUUGCGGACAAGAUUGGAGAGUAUGUUGGUCUGAAGGGCCCUGGUCUUGAGGUCCUUGCCAAGCUCCAAGCCGACACUGCCUUGACUGCCAUUCCCCUCGCCAAGCAAGGUCUCGACGACAUGGAAAUUCUCUUCCGAUACUUGCAGGUCUACAAGGUCCUCGACAAGAUGAGCUUUGACAUGUCCCUCGCCCGAGGUCUUGACUACUACACCGGUAUCAUCUACGAAGCCAUCCACGAAUCCUCUGCCCCUCCCUCCAAGGCCCCCGUUCCCUCUGUCCCUGCCCCCACUUCCACCUCCUCCGCCACCCCUGCUUCCAAACCUAAAAGGUCCAAGAAGGACGCCACUGUGAACGAAGACGGUGUGGACGAGUCCACCAUCGGCGUGGGCUCCAUCGCUGCUGGUGGUCGAUACGACAACCUCGUCGGCAUGUUUGCCAGCGCUACUGGCCGAAAGGCCGAGCAGGUGCCUUGUGUUGGUAUGUCUGUGGGUGUCGAGAGGGUGUAUUCGAUCAUCGAGAUGAGGAGGAAGAAGGCUGAGGAGAAGGUUAGGGGUAAGGAGACGGAGGUGUAUGUGCUCGGAUUGGGAGGUGUGCCUAUCGAGAAGAGGAUGGAGUUUGCGACUUUGCUCUGGGAUGCUGGUAUCAAGACCUCGUUCUCGCCCAAGGUCAACCCCAAACCUCAGCCUCAAUGGAACCAGGCCGACGACGACCUCGUCCCCUUCAUCGUCAUCCUCGCUCCCAAGGAGCUGGAAGCUGGUACCGUCCGUAUCAAGCAACAGGUCGGCAAGGACGCUGCCGGUGACAACAAGGGCGAGGAGGUCAAGGUCGAGGACGCUGUGCAGUACUUGAAGCAGAAGUUGGCUCAGAUUUAG